AUGUACCGGCGCCAGUCCCCGGCGUGGAUCCCGGGCUACGAGCCCCCGAGGUGUCCCCAGGCGGCCACCUUUCGGCGCUACUCCGUGCCGGUGCUGCUGCCCUGGCUGCCCACGCCCGAGGUCCGCGGGGCACGGGGCGCGGCCGGCUCGGACUGGCAGGACCGCAAGCCCCAGCGCCUGUCCUCCGUGUCCCUGGGGACCCCGAGCGAGCUGCUGCUGCCACCCCUGAGGCAGACGAGCGGGGCCCGCGGGGCCAAGGCCGGGCGCACCCGGCAGCCAGCCGCCUGGGACGACCCUGACACCCUAAGCGGGCUGCUGGGGGACCUGCUGCCCAGCAACUUCCGCAACUUCCUGCAUAGACUGCACACCAAGAGUGGGGAGCUGAAUGCCCGCACACCCUCAGUGCCACAGUACCCUAGGGGUACACUGAACCCCUGCCAGAGUUUUCAGUGUCCCAGCUGCUCCGUCCUCCCAGACCUGAGGGACCGAUCGUUGUACUGGAACGGCAGUUUUAGACAGACACCUACCCUGGGAUCCCUGAGAGGCGAAACCAGAAGAGCCAGCCGCCCCUCUGGAGAAGGUUCGAGGCCCCACAGACGCUACUGUCCCUUCCGGGUACGAUUUGCAGACGAGACCCUACAGGACACGGCACUCCGAUACUGGGAGCGCAACCGUGCAGUCCGGCAGAGUCCCUUUCCACGCGAGCAGGAGCCCUUGCCAGCUGUGUCUGUGUCAGAGCGGGUGCUUGGGAAUGUUGGGAGAUGGCUGGACGGUCUGCCCACAGCCCUGCAUCCCCGGGCCCAAGACACUGUGGCUGGCUCCUCAUGGAACUACCACCAAGCGUCACCUCAGGAAUCACGGUUCUACUUUUCUGAGAAUGACACCAGGAGCAGCCGCCUACCCUACUUCUCCAGGGUCACCACCCCAAGGCCACGGAGAAACCUCCAAACCUUCCUGAAUACCCCUAACACUGUGGAGCAGGAGUCCUCUCUGCCCAGCCUGGUGUUGCAGUCCAUCCUGAAGCAAGGCCAUCCUAAGGGCUACCAGCUCCUCCUGCCGUCCACACACCGGUGGCAGGCUCAGAGAUGAACAGUCUGCCUGAGCUCCACCCCAACCCCACCCUGGAAGGUACCCAGGCCAGGCAAUGAGAAGAACAUGCCCUCUCCCCACAAAUAAACUCUCA